UUAUCAAGCAAGAAAGGAAACGAUGGAGGAUGGUUAUUGUGAAAAACGACUUCAAGGCUUCAAGUUAACACUGAGAUUGACGUUAGGUGCGCGUUCGAGCUCCUAUUUAGAAACGAUUACGUACUGCAAAGCAAACAAUGAAAGAGAAUCUUCGUAAUCAGCAGAUCUAAACCCACGCAUGCCUUCACAUACCUAAUUAAACUUUAGAUCAUGCUAACAUAGAUGGGUGUCUAAUAGUUAGGCAAGUAAAAUUUUUAUAUAUUAACCAUAAAAAGAGGAUGAACCCCAUCAAUUUGUUAUAUUUGCUUUCGUAUUUUCAGAAAAUUUUAGUUGAUUAUUGUUAUCGCCGUUGUUGUUAACUUGUUAUCAUUCAUGAAGAUAACAAUUGUUUAUUGUCUUGGCUGGUUAGUCGCAGACUCGCAGUAUCUAAUUAGUUAUAAUCUUUCUGAACGUGCAAGGACCAUGAAAAUGAAAGAAAGUAAAGAAACGCUGGAUAAAUUUUAGUUUGCAAAUGGCCUUGACAGUAGUCCUGGGUGCUGUUAAGGAAAAUUAGAUUUUGAUUAAACUAAAAUCAAAACAAUCAUCACCAGCACCUCACAUGUAUAUAUAUAGAGAGAAAAAAACAUUAUUCGUCAUAUAAAUAUUUUUCCUUGAUAUUCAGUGGUUUAGGACAGUAAUCGUAUCAGUAGGCUUAAUUAACUAAACAGCUGUGUUAUAAGAAUCAACGCAUGUGGCAUGUCUGUGAUUUUCAUAUUCAUAUAGUUCUUUCUAUAAUUAGUCUGUCCAUAAUUAAUUGUAGUUCUAUUGUUUUCUUCUCUUUUAAGAUUAUUAAAAAGAGACCAGAAAAGCAUUUCUAAGCUGCUUAAGUAAAAUGAUUGCUAUUAAUGGAUUCUUAUCAAGAUUUGGUCGUCUUUUUCCGGCCAACUAUGUGUAUUGAAACUUAGAAUAUGAACGGCUGUCAUAUUAUAUAGAUACAAUAUAUGGUAUAUUUAUAUAGCAAAAGAAGUUAACAGAAUCAAAAUUUUCCCUUGUAUCUUUUUUUUACUUAACAUUUUCCCUUAUAUCUUUGGUUACAGAAUGUCCAUAAUUUAGUCUCUAUUAUAUAUACUAUAAUAACGCUAUUUUUUUUAUAAUGCGCAAUGACUUGCAACAUCAUAUCAGACAACCAUCAAGUAUUUUUUUUUUACCAUCAAGUAUUUUAGUAAAUGCAUUUUUUUUCUUGUUUAAAUACGGUAUGUUAGUGUGGGUGUGGCAAAAAUCAAAUGAAGUAAAUAAAUAUAUAAAAAAUUAUAAUGAAGUCCAAAUGUCCGAUUUCUUCUCACUCCUUGAGAUAAUUAUGAGAUAAAUUUUCCUUAAUCUACAUUUCACUUAUCUAAAAAUAUCCAGAACAUUGCACACAUGCACGGAAACAUCAAUAAACUUAUAGUGACAUUAGUAAAUGCUCAAUACGCCUGUGAUAACUUAAAUCACAAAGAACGUAUGAUCCACCGCACCACCACAAUCACCUAAUGAAACGCUUUUUUAUUUCUUCACUGCUAACACAUAUUUUUCUCUUAUAACAAUUUUUAUUUUUUCUUCAAACAAAAUUUGUAUUUAUUUAUAGGAUUUAUUUUGUUUUAAAAUAUAAAUAUUUUCUUGUUAGUUCAACUAUAUUUGUACACCUCAGUAUUCGAACUCUUUUGUAUAGCGAGGCAUAGAGCUGAAUAAAAGUAGCAGAUUUGAUAUAUCAUUCUCCUCUUAUUAUAGCCUUUUAAAUAUACGCACUAUCAUUGCUUAUUUUCGUUCUUUUUAUUAAACUGAGGCAAAUUUUAAAAAAGCUUUGUAUCUAUAUGAUAUGAACGUGCAUUAACAAUGUGUUAGAAUUUUAUAAUAUUGUUGUAUAUCCAACUGACAUUUAAGUAGAUUAGCAAAAAAAUAAAAUCUUGUUACUGGUAGUAGUCGUAUAUUUUUCUAAGUAACUAUCCCAAAAUUUUGAAAUGUAACUUAAAGAAAAUUAUGUUGUUUCUCAAUAUCUACAAAAAUACUAGCGACAGUUACAUUUAUUUAUUUGCUGUUAUUUUUAGUGGUUAUGAUUUUAAUUUUCAGAUCGACUCUCUUUUAUAUAAAAGUUCUGAAGUCAUUUCACGAAUUUAUUAAGGUAUCAGGCAGUCAUAUUAGUCUUAAUCAUUUGCCAAAAAAAUUGGUAAGAUUUGAUAUAUCAUUCUCCUCUUAUGCAUACACCUCUCUCUACAUCUGAACAAAUAUAGCUAUUUUAAUUAUCUAUAAUCAUAAAAAUAAAAUACUAGUACUGUCCAUCUGCAUGUGCAUAUGCUUUCCAUUCUAGUUUUUUGCUUUCCAUUAUAGUUUCUAGGCACGAUUUCUGCAAUAAUAAAGACUAAUAAAGCAUAUUACAUACGUAAAAUUAACGUUCUAGUCAUUUGAUUUUGAACAAGUUGAAUCAUUUUAUAUCCCUAAUUUUUAAUGUAUAUCCGUGUCACUAUUUUAUUUUGAAUUUUUGGUUUCUUUAAGCAAUAAUUAAAUUUUAAAAUAUAAUUAAACUGAAUGGUAAAUGGUGAUAAUGUUUUUACCAGAUAUUGUAUUAAAAAUGUAAAAACGAAAUUAAAUGAAAAGAAAAAGAAAACAUCGAAUUUAAAUAAAAUCGUUGCGGUGGUGCGUCCUCUCUCCCUCUCUCUGGCAGGACAAUAAACACCAAACUGUUUUUCUCUCUCCUCCCUCCCCAAAAAAAAAAGAAACCAUUACUCUCCGAUCUGACUCUCUACUCAACUAACCAUCCCAUUACCCGACGUCGUUUAGAUUCUCGCGAACCCUGGCUAACUCCUAGAAAAAGUCAACGUAUCGAGCGAGGGGGAGAGACGGAGGAAGGAAGGCAUAAUCUUCCUCUGCCCCCUGAUGUAGCCAGCUAACAACCAUGAUAAAGGUAAUGAUGAUGACGGGACGAAACGACGUCGCUAGAUUCGUAGCUCACAACGACGAAGAAGAAGACGACGACGACGAAUGUUUCUUCGAGUCUCUCGACCGCGUUCUCUCUUCCUGCUCCUGCUCCACUUCCAACUCCGACUACGACUCCGACCCCAGCGCGAUCCACGAUCCGAAUCCGUUUCCCCUCCCCUCCGGAUUCGAUCUGUGGAAAUCCGAGCCUGAGUCCGUAUCCGAGAGACGAAUCAGGCUCCUACGCGGGUUGGGACUCAGCAACGAGCCGGAUCUCGCUCCGUCGAGCCGUCUCCGCCGUAGAAAAGGUAUCCGCAGCUCUCAUUUCGCUAGAUCGAGUCACAACGGUAGAUGCGUCUCUUCGCUGAGAUCAGACGUAGUAGUCGAUAAUAGUAAGCUUCGUUGUUCUCUCAAUGAUAACAAUGUGGUUCUUGAUUUCAUAAGCAAAGAUCCAAUAGAUGUUGUAAUGGAGGAGCAAAUGUGCACGAUUAAGAAUCUAGAUAACGGCAGAGAGUUCGUUGUGAACGAAGUCAGAGAAGACGGAGUGUUGGAGAAGUUGAAGGAGGUAGGUACUGAUCGGCAACUGACUCUGGAGGAGUUUGAGAUGUGUGCUGGGACAUCACCCAUUGUUCUAGAGCUGAUGAGGAGGCAAAGCGUUGAAGACGUUUGUAAAGACUCUGUGGAUUUGAGUACCAGCGUAAGUGGAACUAAGCAUAGACGGAAAGGGAGUUGGUUCAAGAGUAUAAAGAGCGUUGCUAGUAGCGUGACAGGGUAUAAAGAGAGAAGAAGCACUGAUGAGAGGGAUUCGCCGUCGGAGAGAGGAGGGCAGAGGCUUAGCUCUGCGACUGAUGAUAGCCGAGACGUGACAUUUCAGGACCCGGAGAGAGUUAAGGUUAGGCAGUAUGGGAAGUCGUGUAAAGAGCUCACGGCGCUUUUCAAGAGCCAGGAGAUUGAAGCUCAUAAAGGGUCGAUAUGGAGUAUUAGGUUCAGUUUGGAUGGGAGGUAUCUUGCUAGUGCUGGUGAGGAUUGUGUUAUUCAGAUUUGGGAGGUUGUUGAAUCAGAAAGGAAGGGGGAGCUCUUGUUGGUGGAUAAACAAGACGAUGGAGGUGUAAAUUUGUCGGUGUUGGCAAAUGGGUCUCCAGAACCAGCUUCAGUGUCUCCAAUGAGAAGAGGGAGAACAUCUUUUAGCAGAAAAUCAGUGAGCUUGGACAAUGUUCUGGUUCCAGAAACUGUCUUUGGUCUUUCAGAGAUACCCGUGUGCUCGUUUGUAGGGCAUUUGGAUGAUGUUCUUGACCUUGCGUGGUCGAAAUCUCAGCACUUGCUUUCCUCUUCGAUGGAUAAGACAGUUCGUCUAUGGGAUUUAUCUAGCAAGGCAUGUUUGAAAGUCUUCUCGCAUAGUGACUACGUGACGUGCAUCCAGUUUAAUCCCGUUGACGACAAUUACUUCAUCAGUGGAUCGUUGGAUGCAAAAGUUCGAAUAUGGAGCAUUCCUGAUCAUCAAGUCGUUGAUUGGAAGGAUCUUCAUGAGAUGGUCACAGCUGCCUGCUACACACCGGAUGGUCAGGGUGCAUUGGUUGGUUCAUACAAGGGGACUUGUUGCUUAUACAACACAAGUGAUAACAGACUGCAGCAGAGAAAGGAAAUCAAUUUGAAGAACAAGAAAAAGAAAUCCAAUCACAAGAAAAUCACUGGUUUUCAGUUUGUGGCGGGAAGUUCAUCGGAAGUGCUUGUCACAUCUGCAGAUUCACGUGCGCGUGUGGUUGACGGUGUUGACCUUGUUCACAAGUUUAAAGGAUUUCGCAACACGAAUAGCCAAAUCUCGGCCUCACUUACAUCAAACGGAAAAUUCUUAGUCUCGGCGAGCGAAGACUCUAAUGUGUAUGUAUGGAACUACGACUCAGAGACUCGAGCUGGUAGAAGCAAACGUGUAACAGUCACAAACACAUACGAACACUUUUACUGUCGAGACGUCUCAGUGGCUGCACCUUGGCCUGGCAAGAUCAGUAACAACAACAACAGCCCCGACCAAUCGCCUUCCACAGCCAAUAACCCACCAACACCUGUCAACGAUCCAGUCAACAACACAGCCGUCACCAACGGUAUCAUUUCGAGUGCCACAAACCGAUACUUCAUCGAUAGAAUGUCAGCGACAUGGCCCGAUGAGAAGCUUUUGCUUGCUGCAAAGAACCGAGCACGAACUAGUCCUAGUGUGAGCGUGGACUUUUCGAAUGGACCGGUUAACGCAAAACCGAAUGCUUCUGCUUGGUCUAUGGUGAUCGUGACCGGCGGUUUACGAGGUGAAAUCAGAACUUUUCAGAAUUUUGGAUUACCGGUUCGUCUAUGAAGCCGAGGAGAAAGUGAAUUAUUUUUUACUCAAGUAAAAACCAUCUCUAUUCAAAAGUGUAUAGAUUGAGAGAAGGUUAGUUCUUCCACCUACCUCCUUUUUUUUUACCACGCCUCUUUUAUUUAUUUUUUCCUUAUUUGUUCUCUAAAAUUCAAAUCUUUAGCAAAUACAUAUAUAAUUUUUUUUAUGUGAC